UGAGAAUCCAAUGUCCAUUGCCAGCGAGUCGCUCCCGUAUCACGCAUAGUCUGACUCAAGCAUCCUGCCCCUCCCCCGCCUCCGCCUCCCCCGCUAUCAGAUACGGUACCUACCCCCCAGUCCCAGCCCCUCUCCCGCCCCGCCCGCUCCGGACCGGACCGAAUCAGAUUGAAAUCGAAUCCUGAGACGGAGUGGGAGAUGUAUGAUAUGUACAUACGGGCCAUACGGACCAUGCGGGCCAUACGGACCAUGCGGACCAUACGGCGGGCCAUGGCGGAAUGCGUGUAUAUGUGUGUAUGUAUGCAUACUCCGCUCUCCACUCUCCACUCCCCACUCUCCGCUCUCCGCUCUCCACUCUUCACCUACAUACAGAGAGACAUACAUCACAUCACAUCACAUCACAUCACAUCACAUCACAUCACCGUGUGUAUGUAUUCCAGUAUUCCAGAAUCCAGUUAUCGCGCGCUGGGCUUCCAGAAGCGAAACGGAAGGCCAAUGCCAUGAGGCUGCAGGAGGGGAGCUGUUGCUGUUGCGUUGCAGUUGCAGUGAGGGCACCGUACUCUACCUACCCUACGAUACGUAGACGUGGUUCGGCAUUAGUUGCAGCAAGCCUUCAUGCAAUGCAUUCAAGCAUGUUUAUGUAUGUAUGUUCAUGCACGGCGCUCUCGGUCGGUCGGACGGUCGGUGGGGUUGGAUCUGGAUGUAUUGGCUUUUGGAGGGGGGGAGAACGCGCUGGGGCGCUGGAGGAAGGAUUUCGUUCUGGAACGGACUGGGGUAUUGGGGCUUUGGGGAUUGGGGUUUCCCGAACACUCAUCGGCAUUCCGUUACGGAUGGCGCGUGCAGUUGUAUAUUUCUUUUUUUCCGUGGGUUUCUUGCUACCUUGGGUGAUGACAUCGCCUCUUUGGGUGGAAGUUUAUUUUCUUUUAUUUCUUUUUUAAGUGUGAGCUGGUGCUGGUGCUCGUCCGAUGAAUACGUGCGUGCGUGCUCGUGCUCCCCUCGUGCUCGUCGAGUCGAUGCGGUGGUGGUCCCGUGGGGAAAAAUGUUCGAGUCGAG